AUGCUCGCCGCCCACCCCGCUGGCUUAGAACCCCCCUCUCCACAACAACCAGAAGUCAUGUCCGAGGUUACAAAGCUCGACGCUAUCCCAGCUUCCGAGAAGCUUGCUGGCGUACAACCGACGAAGCCUGCCGAAGCUGUCCAAGCGAACCAAAUUGCCAAGUCAUCGCCUGUGAAACAAACGGAAGACACAAGGACAGGACAAGACGAUAAACCUUUAUCACCCUCCGCUGUCGUAGAUGUUCCCCGGUCGGUGAAAGAAUCGGAUGGGACUCAAUCUCCAUCGCAUGACACUCAAGCCCCAGCCAACGAAGCGGCCCCUGCCACAGACCCAGCCCCCAGCUCCAGUCCACCGAAAGAGAAACGAAAUAAUGAACGACAGGGAGGGAAUGUCCGUGGACGUGGGCAGAGAGGUAGAGGGCGUGGUGGUGCAGGUCGGGGCUCGAAUACGGCAACAGAUGCAAAUGGUGAUCGAAGGCGGAAGGAUCCGACUGGAGGGUCUUCGGAAGAUGCGACAGCGGCGACAGGGAACGAAGCAGCUGGGGUUACGAAGCCAGCAGCUGGGCCUUACAGGAAUCCUAAUCGUGUACUCACCGGCGGGGCUGACAAGAAGCGCCUCACGAAAGAGGAACUUGACCUCAAGAUGCGGGAGAUGCGCCGUCUCAAUGCCGAGCUCGUAGCGAAGAAAGAGGCCGUGGCAGCAGAUGAACAAGCAUGGCACGACGCCGAGAGGGUUCGCACAGCACAAGAGCAACAGGAGCGCGAGCAACGACUGGCACAAGAGGCUGCUAACCGCGCUGCGCAACGGAAGAAGCAAGAAGAGACGAUGCGGAUUCAGGCUCAGUUGAAGCGCGAACGAGCGGAAAACGCCGCCCGAAAAGCCCAAUCCAUGGCAUCCCGCGAAUGGGACGUCGGCAAGACCAACGACCUUGCCGGCCGCGCGACCGACCACACACCCAGCAGCAGCCAAUGGCAAGCCUACGACGGAUACUCGCGCAACAACCGAGACGACCAACAGCAGCAGCAAUCCUCUCAACAACGGCCCGAGUUCAACGGCAGCAGAUGGGGUCAUGACGAUCGGGGGCCCGCGCAGCGGUACGGCAGCGGUGGUGGACGCGAUGCUGCUAGCAGCGGCGUCGGGCGUGGACGAGGAGGCGUGAGGUACACUGAGAAGCGCAAUCAACCCGAUCAGCAGCAGCAAAGCAAGGGCGAACCCGCCAAGCCGGAGAAGGUGGUGACUGUAGAGGAAAAGCCGGCGGCUGCCGAGGAAAAGAAGAGCGAGCCGACGCCGGAUUGGGGCGCGAAGGCUGCGGAGGGCGCGAAGUUGGGGUGGGGCGAUGAAUGA